AUGGGUCUAUUUAGAAGUAGCUCAAAGAAAUCAUCAUCAACUACUUCAAAGGAUCCUCUAACUGUAUCAUCUCCAUCACCUCAAUUAAAAUCAAGUAGAUCAAAUUCAAUUACAAGUUUAAGUAGUCAAGCUUCUAAAUCAAUCAAUGGAUCUAAUGGGAAGAUCAAAUCUAUAUUCAAUAAAAAAUCACAAAAUACUGAUGAUCUUGAUUUACAGAAGUUGAACUUACAAUCAUCAUCUCCAUCACCUUCAUUAGAAGAUGCAAAUUUAUCUGAAAUUGAUUUAAUCUCUCAAAGGAUAAAGAAAAGAGUAAGUACUAUUGAAGAAGUGAAUUCAGAAGCUCAUCUGACUCAUAGUAUGAAUGAUGAGGAUGAUGACGAUAGUGGAUAUACUAGUGAUGAAGUUGAUGAAUAUGAUGAUGAAGACGAUAGUGAUGAAGAAGAUGAGGAAGAUGACGAUUAUGAAGAAGACCAUUCUCAUUAUAUCAAAAUGAAAUCAAGAAGUCAACUGCAUUCGAAAUUAAAUUCAUUAAUGAGUUAUUGUGGAUUGGAUUAUUUCGUAUCGAAUAAACAACAAUUAUCAGCUUUAGCAAAUCAAGAAUCAAAACGAACUUUUUCAUUGUUAGAUGAAUCAUGUAAAAUCUCCCAAAUAUCCCCUCAGAAUCAAUCCAUUAUAAAUGAACGACAAAUCACCAUCUUGGAAUCAUUACGGACUCAAAUCUUACAAUUAAAAUCAGAACCGUUAAUUCAACAAUAUCAAAUGUUACAACAUCAUAAAACUCUAUUUGAAAGAUUUGGAGUUAUAAAAGAUAUUUUGGGAAAGGGAAGUUAUGGAAUUAUAAAAAUCAUUGAUCCAAACCCUAACCAAUUAUCCAUCUCAAUGUCAGAUCAUAAAUUAUAUGCUGUAAAACAAUUUCAAAAUCCAAAUCAUAAGAAAUCACCUAAGGAUUUUGAAAAAUUCAUUGAUAAAAUCUUAUCGGAAUUCAUUAUAUCAUGUACGUUAAAUUCGAAACAUCUAGUUAAAACGGUCGAUUUAACCAUAACUUUACCUGAACUCACCUCUUUAAAACCAUCAUUAUCAGGAUCAGUCUCCCCUAUGACUUCACCUGAUUUACCGUCUCGAUCACCAUCCCCCUUAACCAUAAAUUCCACCACCUCCAAUUUAUUAACGGAGAAUUAUUAUUUCAGUCAAGUUAUGGAAUGUAAUCAAGGUGGUAGUCUCUUUGCCUAUUUGGCCAAUACUGAAGAAUACCCCCUUAAUACGAUGAUGAAAUUAGAUGAAAUUGAUUGUUUUAUAAAACAAAUCGCUAAGGGAUUACAUUAUAUGCAUAAACAUGGUGUAGCACAUUGUGAUUUGAAAUUAGAAAAUAUCCUCAUAAAUUAUAAGAAACAGACUUCAUCAAAGCAUGGUAAUCAUCAUAAUCAUGAUCCUAAGAAAGUUAAAGUCAUUUUAAAAAUAAGUGAUUUUGGAAGAAGUUAUGUAUUCAAAUCAAAAUGGGAUAAAGGUCAAGAACAACUCGUUCUGAAACAAAUGGGUCCCAUCGGAUCCUUACCUUAUAUCUCUCCUGAAGAAUAUGAUUUAAAAUCUUCAAAAACAAUGUCAUUAAGUAAGAAAGAUUGUUGGGCUUUCGGAGUAUUGAUAUUUGUCAUGUUCAAUAUUCGGAAAUAUUAUUACAAUGGUCAAAGCAUUGAUAAUGAUGACAAUGAUGAUGAAGAUGAGGGGAAUGCCAAUCAAGUGGUUAACGUGUUUCCUUGGAACACCACUGAAUUAAAACAUCAUCAUCAUAUUCAUAAAGAUCAAAUGUAUAAAGAUAAAUCCUUCAACGAGUAUGCCAAGAAGAGAUUGAUAAGUGCAUAUGAAGAUGAUACGAAAGAAUGGUUGAUUCAAAGGGAAGGGGGAUUCACUCCGAUUGAAACGUUGUUUAAUAAGAUUGGUGGUGGUGGCGAUAUUGAUGAUUUAUGUCAGAUUCGAAGAAUGGUCAUCUAUAAAUUAUUAGAUAUUGAUCCUAAUUCAAGAUUGAAUAUUAAUCAUUUCUUAAGGAGUGAUUGGAUGGAAUCAAUUGAGAAUUGUCUGUGA